UUCCUUGUCCCAGCUCGAGGUGGUUGUGGUUUCGGCGAUGAGCUCCCAGAAAGGGAACGUGGCUCGUUCCAGGCCUCAGAGGCACCAGAAUACGUUUAGCUUCAAAAAUGACAAGUUUGAUAAAAGUGUUCAGACCAAGAAAAUUAAUGCAAAACUUCAUGAUGGAGUAUGUCAGCGUUGUAAAGAAGUUCUUGAGUGGCGUGUAAAAUACAGCAAGUACAAACCCUUAUCAAAACCUAAAAAAUGUGUUAAAUGUUUACAAAAGACAGUGAAGGAUUCUUAUCACAUAAUGUGUAGACCAUGUGCCUGUGAUCUUGAAGUUUGUGCCAAAUGUGGAAAGAGAGAAGAUGUUGUUAUUCCCUUUAAUAUAGAACCAGAAAAGACAGAAAAUGUUGAAAAUAAUCAACGUUCCAGCCACAGAAGAAGCUGCAGAAGAAAUGAAGAAAGUGAUGAUGAUUUAGAUUUUGAUAUUGAUUUAGAUGACACAGAAGAAGGCAAUCAGAUGGAUUGAUAUAACUAUAUUAAAAGACAGUUUGAAAGCAUGAAAA